UUCCAUCCAUCUUGGUAAAUACCGGCGGAUUCCGUCUCUCCGAAUUGUUGCAUCGACAAACACGUUUCUGACCUCCAUCUUCGCAUCUUUCUCUUCCUGAAACUGGUGAUGACUGCAGCGCCCAUUCUCUCUAUCUCGAAGGAUUACUCAGCCGUAGUCUGAACAUUACUAUUCCCAAACUCCUGUUUUGUCCUACCACUUGCAAAUGAUACAUACUAACUCACAGGAUUCUGGUUGUGCUUGUUUCUAUGCGGGGUGUAAAUGGAAGCGUACUGCAACCUGGGCUAUCUAUAUAUCUAGCGUUAGGUUGCACUUGAGGAUGGUAGGUGGCAGCUCUGUCAGUGAUCAGACUCCCGGUUAUUUCCUCCUUGCCUUUGCGAGUCGGAAAGGGUCAUGCGGGGGAAGUAGUGCGUCCUCCACACCCUUCCUUGUUGGGCUAAUUGGCAGUACCCUCCAGCAUCCCAACUCCAGGGAUAGUCUCCCGGCCAAGGCUGUCCACAGGAGGCUUUUAAUUAGCUCUUUCCAAAAGGCACUGAUUCCCCCCCUGGCUACAUCUGCUAGUCCACCCACUCCCUGAGGAGGUGGAGAAGGCUUUUGAGAACGGAGAUGGAAUCUCCUCCUCCGGAGACACCAGAGUCGUCGGAGACGACGACGACCCUCGAUCUUUCCCUCGCCCUGGCCGCCUCCUCGCCUUCCUCCGACCACGAGACGAAGGAUGUGAAGCUCUUCCAUUGCCUCUUCUGCAACAAGAAGUUCCUCAAGUCCCAAGCUCUCGGAGGCCAUCAGAAUGCCCACAAGAAAGAGAGGAGCGUGGGGUGGAGCUCCUACCUUUACCUUGCGCCUACCGCCGACGCCGCCACCACCAUCCCUCCUCCUCAGCACCUGAGCGCGCCGCCGCUCCCCAUCGCCUCCCACGCGUCCAGGUAUCUUCCUUCCGGCAACUGCUCCGAGAGCUUCGGCUCCCGCAGCGCCCCCCGGUUCGCCGCCGACCACCCGUUGCUGGCGACCGUGAGCAGCGGCAGAGCAAUGUGCGCCGCCGGAGACCCCUCAGCCAGCGGCGACGGGACCAUAGAUUUACUUAACUGGCGAAGGGGCUCCCGCCCUCAGCAGGAGCCACCCGCGGACUUCUCCGCCGCCGCCCCCGCCGACGGCGAAGACCAGACCGACCUCGACCUGUCCUUAAGGCUAUAGUGCUCUUAUUGUUGCUUGGUUUUUUCUUAUCAGUUCACCGCUUGUGUUCACUGCCAGUGUACGGUCUUCUUCUCUUGGCUUGUUGAGCUGGACCGGAAGGUCGCAACAGGCGGCCGGGUAGAGGGGGAAGGGGAGGAAGAAGAGGACACGUGCAUGUGAUGUGGGUGGCGUUGUGUGGUAUGGUGGUGGGGCCUGGACAUAAUGUAAAGGGUGUGCAUUUAGUGGAUGCUGUUACAUCACCGCUCUCUUAA